AUGGGCAUGAGACUGAACGAACAGCUACUGCAAUCCCAAGCACAAGCGCAGCACCCCAAGCCCAAUAAUGUGGCUGGCCUUGGUGGUGGUCCUGCAGCAAAUGAGCAGGCAAACAAUGGGCAUGAGACUGAACCAACAGCUACUGCAAUCCCAAGCCCAAGCACAAGUGCAACCAGGGGCCAUGGUAUGCCUGCUACAGCAAGCCCAAGCACAAGUGCAGCCAGGGGCCGUGGUCGGCGUGCAACAACCCCUCGGGUUGUAACUAGUCCUGAGAUGCCUGCACCCAUCCCGCACUCAUCUCCUCAGCCUGAGGUCCCUCCACACAUCCCAGAUGCAUCUCCUCAACCCGAGGUCCCUUCACCCAACCCACCUUCGCAGUCCGAUUUUGAUCUCAGUAUUGAUGAAAAUGUGACCCCUCCUAUACUCCUCGAGACACCCUCUUACCCACCCACCAGCUUUACUGCGCCCACUCUUGGCCUCUACAUAGAGCAUCAUUACCCACCUACCGCAUCCUCAUCUGACCCUCUGGGACCUCCGGUUGGGAUUGACACUGUACAGCCACAUACUGAUGUACCAGACGAGCAUUCCCCCUCAUCAUUCCUCACCUCCACAAGAUAG